AUGGUUUCUGCAAUCGCCCCUAUUACUGGUCGCUUUCGAGGCCGUAUUGUGAGAGACAUUGUUGUUAGUAUCAGCAUAGGCACUGUUGCUGCAUAUACUUGGUGGUACACUGUUUCUAGACCCACUAUGAGCAAGUGGAAAGCCCACGACGCCAAGGUCAAGAUUGAAAACAUUGCUGAAAGAGAUGCAUGGCUCAAGGAGCAGCAACAGCAGUAG